AUGAAAGAGUUCGGUGUUCACGUUUUCCCAUCACCAUAUUCUGAAUCAAUUCGUCAGUCUGUUUCGGUUUUUCACUACUCACCAGUAGUCGAACCACCAAUCGACUACAAUUUCAGGGGAAAACGAAGAGAUACUGAAUCUUCUCAUAACAGAAUAAACAAUAUUCGAAAGGAAGCAGACCAGCAACAUCCUACUGAAUCUCUGCAAAAACGGCAUCGGAAUGAACGGUCACGGUGUAAUACGAUCGAUGAAAUGGUAAUGGUGCUAGAUGAUUUGGAUAGUGCACUCAGAUGUGCAGGAUUCGUCGUCGAAGAACAGCUGAUAAGUAAAGUGAUAACUGUCCUAAUCAUUUGGAUUCAGAAAACUGCUAUUCCUUUCGACGAAAAUCCUCCAUUCGCACAUGAGAACAAUAAAGAAGAGCGACUUCUGCUCCGAACAUCAGGCAUGUCAUUUCUCAAGCAUUAUACCACAUUCAUUCUUAGGUAUGCUUUUCAUGAACUUUCUUAUCACCUAAAAAAGGACCUUAAAUUACGCAUUGCCUUUCGACAUCGGUGGCAUAUGUUUUCGCACAAACGGGUGAGCUUCAGAGGAUUAGUUUUGUGUCAACCAGUUUCGAUAUUGAAGUAG